AUGUGGUAUACCCGGCCGGAUGCCCUUCGCAUCCCGUCUCCUCCCUGCUCGAUUUCUUCUCUAAGAGAGCGAACUCCUCCCCUUCCCGGUCGCAUCGCUGCUGCUGCUCGAUUUCUCGCCGUCGCCGGCCCUUUGCAACUCGUCUCCUCCCUGCUUGAUUUCUUCUCCAAGAGAGGCUUAUGUAUACACCACAAAGCAGAAAACCAUAAGUUCAACAACUUGGGUGCAUUUCUUGGGUCUUUCAACCAAGGGUUUAAGAGCUAUAUCUUGUACAAAGUAGGAUAAUACAUUCAAAUGUAUUGUAUUUGUAUGAAUUGUAUUGGUUUGUAUUUAAGUUAUUUUUAUGAAAUAAAUUGAGUAAAUGCAAAGUACAAUGCUAUAACCAAAAACAUAUAUUGUAAUGUUUACUAGUUUUGUGGCUGAG